AUGUUUAAGCUCUUCUCAAAAAAGAAGCAACAAAUUAAUAACUCCGAAACUUCUCUGGAAGAAGAUAUCGAAGUUGACAACACCAUUCUCGAUGACAAACAGAUUGUGAAUCAAUUAAAGGAGAACGAUUAUACCUACGAACUCAGAGAUGAUUUUGAUAUUGAUCUUCGCAAAAAAGAGGAAGAAUAUUCUGAAGAUUUUCAGACAAGCUCAAGUUCAACGUCAGAUGAUGUAUCCUUAGAAAAUUCGAAAUGGCAAAAUCCAAAUUAUUUCAACUCAACCUUUAAGGAAUAUGUCUUUAUAAUAUCUUGUAUGCUAGCAAAUUUAUUAAAUCAAGCAGGUCAAACGCAAGUCUUGUCUACAAUGAAUGUUAUUUCUGACGCUUUUAAUUCGGAUGACACAAAGAAACCCUGGUUGAUGGCUUCAUUUCCUUUAGUAUCCGGAUCAUUUAUUCUAGUUGGUGGGAGGCUUGGUGAUAUAUAUGGCCUUAGAAUCGUUUUAAUAUGGGGUUGUAUUAUUAUGACUAUAUGGUCAUUGAUUUGCGGUUUCGCCAAUUAUUCUGGAAGUGACGCAUUUUUUAUCGUUUGCAGAUCAUUCCAAGGGUUAGGUAUUUCACUUGUUUUACCAAAUAUUAUGGGAUUGGUAGGUAACAUUUACAAAGUUGGAUCUUUAAGAAAAAAUAUUGUCAUUAGUCUAAUUGGUUGCAUGGCACCUGUUGGUGCAACAUUUGGUGGUUUAUGGGGUGGCUUAAUUGUAUACGAAGAUCCUACACAAUGGCCUUGGAUUUUCUAUGCAUAUGGUAUUGCUUCUUUCGUGAAUCUAUUAAUGAUCCUAUACACGGUCCCAAAAAACAUUCCCACCAACAUUAACGGUUUUAAGAUGGAUUGGAUCGGCUCAGUAAUUGGUGUUCUUGGUUUAAUCAUUUUCAAUUUUGUUUGGAAUCAAGGUUCAAUUGAUGGAUGGCAAAAGGCUUAUGUUAUCGUUUUACUGAUUAUUUCAACUUUCUUACUUAUUUCCUUCUUCAUUUAUGAAAUAAAAUGGGCGGAACAUCCUCUGUUACCACCAGCCGUCACAAAGAAUCGUAAUAUAAUAACAAUUCUCAUUUCUUUAUUCUUUGGUUGGGGUUCCUUUGGUAUCUGGACCUUUUAUUACUAUUCCUUCAAUCUAAAUUUGAGACACUUUAGUCCAUUAUGGGCAGGUAGUACUCAUUUUAUCUUUAUUAUUUUUGGUACACUUGCUGCAUUUUUUGUUGCUUUUUUCAUGAAGAAGAUCGGUCCAUCUAUUGUAUUUUGUUUAUCUUCUAUUGGGUUUACUUGUGGUUGCAUAAUUUUUAGUGUCACACCACCAAGUCAAACCUAUUGGAGGAAUAGUUUAGGGAUGCAAGUUGUUCUUGCUAUGGGUAUGGAUUUCUCAUUUCCAGGUUCUUCUAUUAUUUUAAGUGAUGAAUUACCUAUGGAAUAUCAAGGUAUGGCCGGUUCUCUUGUCAAUACAAUUGUCAACUAUGCAACAUCAUUAUUCUUAGAUAUGGGUACCACUGUAGAGGCACAAAUCAAUAAAAGUGGAACAAAUACCUUAGGCGGAUAUAGGUCGGCUUUAUACUUAGGUAUUGGUCUAGGUGGUAUCGGUUUCCUAUUUUCCUUUUCUUACAUGGUAGAAGAUCUAUGGAGAAAUCAUAGACUAAGAAUGAAGAGGAGGGUAGAGUCACAAACCAACUUGAGUUAA